AAAUACGAUUGGAAGAGAAGGCAGAUUGGAAGCUGGCAGGAAAUUCAAUUUUUCUUGUAGGCCAGAUGGCAUGCACCCAACAUGCCUUUUGUUUGAUGAAUGUGGCAAGCAUCUAGAAUCUAGCAGAAUCUAUAUAGCAGAAUCUACCACUUGAAGGACGCUUUCCAACACAGUUUGUACAAAAGGAGUUUCCUUACAGAACUGAAAACAAGGAAGCAUCCUUGUCGUGGGAGCUGGUGGGCUAGGUUGCCCCGUUGCUUUAUACCUGGCAGCAGCAGGUGUUGGCUGCAUUGGAAUCGUCGAUGCUGACACUGUUGCUUUGAGCAAUCUUCAUCGACAGAUUGGACACUCCUGGAGAUGGAUCGGAAGAAGCAAAGCAGAAUCUUUGGCGCACGCUUGUCAAGAAGUCAAUCAGGCAGUGUCAGUCAAAGCGCACAGCCUGCGGCUCAAUGAACGACGAGAAGCUGCUGACCUCAUGGCAGGCUAUGAUGUCGUGGUCGAUUGCACAGAUGCCCCUCCAAGCCGAUAUUUGUUGAACGAUGCGGCACUAUCUGCAGCACGACCGUUGGUAGCAGCAUCUGCAGUUGGGCUGAGUGGCCAGUUGGCAGUGUACAACUUCGAGGGUGGCCCAUGUUUGCGCUGUGUUUUUCCAGUGCUGGCAUCACCAGCGGAUGCGGAGCCGGUUGCGUCCUGCGAGGAGAACGGUGUGCUGGGGCCGAUUGUAGGCACUGUGGGCUCGUUGGCAGCUCUUGAGGCUUUGAAAGUGCUUGCGAAACAAUCUGCUCUUCACAAGUCCUGUUUACGGGGCAAAUUGCUCCUCUUUGACCCGACAAGCUCUCUGCAGCCUUGUCGGACUGUACGAAUCCGAAGGCAACCUGACUGUGUGGGAUGUGCAUCCAAAGAUGAUGGUGAUCCACCAGUGCCGUUGACUUGUGCAGUGCCUAGUCAGCUGACAAAGGAGAUCAGCAUAUCUCCAAAAGCUUUGCAUGAACGCUUGUCGACGACCGACCCCAUCAUCUUGCUUGAUGUGAGGCAACCUGCACAUUUCGCUGUAACAAGACUGAAAGCUGCGGUGAAUUGGCCGCUGACAGAGAUGAAUAGGCAAUCCCUUGAGGAAAGACAAGAGAAGUUCAGGUCACUCGAAAAAGAUCUGAUGAAGCCUGUGGUGGUAUGCGUUUGUCGACGAGGAAACGAUAGCUCUGUGGCCACGUUGCUGAUGAGAGAUGCUGGCAUCCCAGCCCUGAAUCUCCAAGGUGGUUUGCAGCAACUCAUGGCAUGUGAACCGCUUUUUCAGCGGAGUCUGCCGGCAUUGACAUGACCAGAAGCAGAGCAAAAUGGUGGCCAUGCAGACAUGCAAGACCUUUUGCACAGCAGGUUGUUGAGAUGAAGUGGCCGGUGACCACGACUUGAGAACACGGUGAUGUCUUGGAUCUUAAACAGGCCUACAAAUAGCCCGCAUUGCUUGCGAACUUAAAGGACCACCCAGAUUUGCGAUUACCACGAGAGCAAACAUCAAAUACAACAACCG